AUGGGGGUUCUUACAUAUCUUGAUACCUUUAGAAACAAAACCAUGCUCGCAAACACUCAGCGAAUCCUGGUAGACCAAUUCCAGACUGAGAUAUGCAAAGGAGCACAAAUAUUUUGCUUAUCUGGUCUCGAUAAUGAUGAGAUGUAUUUCAAUCAUGAGAUUGCCAAGCUGGCAGCAUAUAUAUCCACCAUGGAAUUCCAUUCUUUGUUAUGGAGGGCUGCACGACCUUAUCUGUUGGUGGAUUACUUUGAAGAUGUCACUCAAGAGACGGUCCAAUUGGAUGAUGAAAAUUGCUCAAGAAAAAUCAUCCUAAAAGGUUACCUUCGAGGUUGUUACAUCGAGGAAACAACUAAGGUGCAUAUUGCUGGAGUUGGCGAUUUUCCUUUAGCUUUCGUUACUAAAUUCGUUGAUCCGUUCCCUUUACCUUCUGAUGGGGAUCUUAAUGAGUUAACUUGUAUGAAGAUUGGGUGUUUCAGAGCAGGAACUUAUGUAAGUUUUGAGUUGCAUGACGUCCCAUUUGAGACGGUCAAACAUUAUGAUCCUUGUCGGCCUGUUCUUGUUGGAGGUAUCAGUCUUGAAGAAGAAAAUCUUGGAUAUAUUCAGGUGAAACUUAAACGACAUAGUUGGCAUACAAAGUUAUUGAAGACCAAGGACCCUAUAAUUGUUUCAGUUGGUUGGAGGAGGUACCAGACAAGACCUAUUUAUGCCUUCAAAGACGGCCAUGGCAGCUAUCGGGGGCUUAAUCACACUCCGAAAAACAAGCCCUGUCUUGCGAUGUUCUGGGCCCCCCUUGCACCUCUUGGUACUGGGCUUGCUGUGGUGCAAAGUCUGGCAGACAAAAAGGCAGCAUUUCGGUUUUUAGGAAAAGCUUAUGUAGUUGAUACUAAUCAGGGGUCAGUGAAGAUAGUUAAGAAAAGCAGGAGGACUGCUCUUUUAAAGGAUAUGUGUACAAAAAUUCAUACUACUACUGGAAUUUGUGGGAAAAUUGAUGAGCCUGACCGCAUAUGGGAAAGUGGGGUGAAAACCUCUGGGUGUCAACUCUCUGUGCCUGCCGACUAUGAAUCGUUUCAUAAGACCUAUAUAGACCCAUUAGAACCCAAGGACCACGAACUACUUAAGCUUGUGGUAGAGGCGAACCGUUUAAGAUCUUCCAAGGGUAAUAAAAAAUUAGUAGAGGAUAAUAAAAAAUUAGCCGAGGAUAAGUUUAAAGAGGUGGAAACUAUAGUUGCUGAGAGGAGGAAAGAGCGAGCAUCAACUCUGAGACGGGAUUCGCCUGAACAGUUGCGUGCGGUGAGGUUCCGUAAGAAUGAAAUUGAGGAAGAUGGGGCACUACUCUACUAGCAGAGUUGUUAAGGAGAUUCAAAGAGAGAGAAGAGCUGAAGGCAAAUGGCACUGCAGAGCGUCAAGUCUAUUAAUAAUAUAUCCCUGCAGCCUUGUCUAUUAGAUUAAAUUAGUUACUUUGUCUGUCAAGAGGUAAUGUACUGGCAUCGGAUCUUAUGUUACACAAGCAAUGUCGAUUGUAUAGAAUUUCCCGUGUAUGAAUCCUCGAUUAGGUAACAUUUCUUCUACCGUUUAGUGUUUCUUUGAGAAUUUUAUGUUUGAGAACAAUAAUUUCAAUUGCACUUUUGCAACC